AUGUCCCGUCUUGCUGCAGGUCUUUUCACACUUCAGGUUCCUAAAGAAACAGCCGGAGAGCACUUUGAAGGCCUUCAAAUGCUCACAAGUCUCCUCGCUCCAAAAGGCACCCGUUCAGCAAAACCACUAGUGGAAGAUGUAAGCACAGCAUGCAGCGAAGGUGCUGAAGAUAACGAAGAGGAAGAUGAAGAGGAAUUUGACUGGCAGGUUGAACAGGAAGUUUACAAAGAGCUAUCUGUAGAAGAACUGAGUGCCCUGCAGAAGUAUGGCUUUGCUAAUCAGCGCUCCGGAGUAUUUGCGCGAUUACAGGAGGAACUCAGUGAGGUGAUCGACCUUCAGAACCCAGAGGGAACAUCAGCAGCAGAGCGGCGGCAGGCUCGACUGGAAGCAGAGGCCUCGGCUUUCUCUCCUGACCAUUACUUGGCUGAUUUGUUUGAAGAUGACGAGAUAAACCGGCUGCUGAAGUUCAGGCCAUGGUGGACAAAGCUGAGUGUUUCUACAGAGCAGGAGGGGGAAUCUGCUGUGUCAUUCUCAGAGGAAGAAAAAGAGCAGCUGAGAAAAUUCCCAAACCGCUCCUUCCUGCUGGACAAGCCAUCUCGUUCCCAAGCGUGGCUCGGCCUCGUGGACAUCCUGCUGGCUUACUCCUAUGAAGUGCGCUCUACAGAGGGGGAGCACAAUGUUGAGUCACCGUGGACUAUCAGAAAACUCAGUGGGACCUUGUGCUGGCUGGAGACGUACAGCUCCCUGCAGGAGGUCCUGGAGUCCUUUGGAAGGAGGGUGUUGUGCUACCCGCUCUACAGACACUUUGAUUUGGUCACCUCAGCGAUUCGUGACACAACUAAGAUUUUACAGUCAGGGAAGGCCUGCAUCCUCAAAUGUCUGCUGGAAAUCCACAAAGUCUUCCGACAGAACGAUCCGGCGUACAUGCUGAAUGAUCUGUAUAUCACAGACUACUGCAUCUGGAUCCAGAGGGUCAAGUCCAAGAAGGUGACGGCGCUCGUCUCCACCUUACAGAAAGCCUCGCUGCUGAAAAGGGACUUGAAGCUGGAGCUGGAUGAGCUUGAGAAUGCAGCGAGAAUGGUGAUGGAGGAGGAGCAGCAAGCCUCCAGCACUUGCAGUGACGGCAGCAGCGACUCAUCCAGCGAGAGCGAGGAGUCUGUGGCUGAAGGACGCGGCUGCUCUCAACCCGAGGAGAAGGGAGGAGGAGGAGGAGGAGGAGAGAUGUGUAGAGACAGCCCUCUACACCCCCAGCCCACCUCCUCUGCCUCUCCCAUCCCCCAGACACGCUUACGCUCAGUCUCCUCAGCAGAAAGGCGGGAAGCGGAGCCAGCCGGCUGCAGACAGCUGAUCCAGGAGUUGGGGGAGAUGCGGGUCUCUGCAGACCCCGCAGCAGAGAGCUGGAGCUUACAGAUGAGUGAUGCUGCAGCAGAGGAAACAUCUGGGACGUUGUUGGAGCCGAAUCCUCGUAAAAACCCUCUGCUCAUCGUUCAACCGCAGGAGGAUCCUGAACCGGACUUGGGCUAGAACAGGGCAUUGAUAAACUUGUACGCCUCUUUUCUUUUUUAAUGACCUCUAAACGUGAUCAUUUUAACCCGUGUUACAGUUUAUUUCCCCUUCAUGGUAUGCUGUUCCCCUAAUUAGUUGUUUGUUUUGGUUUAAUGAGCAUGGAUUUGUCUCAGAGGAGGUGAAACUUUUACAUCUGUCUUGAUUUUUCCUGUUUUACACACAAGUUUAAGAUUGUUGUGCAUUAUUGUUCCACUGCUGGAACAAUCUUUAAUGUUAAUGAGCUGUCUUAGCUGCACCCUAAGUGUGUGGCAGAGCCGUCCUUUACCUAAUAAAUAGCAGGAAAGCACUAACCCUCUCCUCAAGCCCCAGCAUUGAUUGAAGUGGGAAAGCCCGCCUGCACUAAACGGGGCAGCGGAGCCCGUCGGUGUGAUUGAUUCAUCCGGUGCAAACGGAGAAGCGCUGCCGACACAGCUCAAUAUCGUCGGCCGUGUCUAACAGGCGAGGGAAAACAAACAAGGGAAGCACAUGUCGGGCAGAUAGACGAGUGCUGCUAGCGAGGCGUUGGCACUGGGGUGCCUUCGUUUCACCGAUAAGAGCACCCUGGGGUGGAGGCAGCAAUGAGAUAGGUGGGCAGAGACGACCUUAGUGGAUCUCCCUUUGACUCAAGAGGGAAAUAAUAGUACACGUGUGAGAUAAACAGGCAGAAUUGGUGAUUUUUUUGUGAUCCUAAUUGGAUCCAACAGAGUGAGAGAGUGAGUGAUGUUGCUCGGCCACGGUGUUGCCUCGGGGGCUUUCAUGAGGAAUGUCAUCCAGCCUAAACGAAGCGGCUCCGGAGACGAUGGCUCCGUGUUUCUGCAGUGUUGUGUUACAGAGAUGGAUGUUGUAGUUAAGCGCCUCCCAAGAAGAGCCUGCCUCGUGCAACGCCCCCCAGGGACCAGCGCCAUCAUCAUCGCUGUGGCUGAAAUGAGUUACGUUGUGAAUGCGGGCUCAUUUCAAACCCCUUUUGUUCCGAGGACAUGAGUUCUGAGGCCGAGAGCCCCCGCGGGCCCGGGCUCGCUCUCCCUGCUGGGCUUUCACAUUGAUUAAGUGACACGAGCCUCCAAUGUCGUUUUUCAUCUGAAAGUGCCUCCUAUAUUCCUGCGUUAGCGCUGCUGUCUAGCGGUCCGACUCCAUCUGGCCAGUUGUGUCGCUUCUUUUGCAAUUAAUUCUCUUCUGGAUCAGACGUUUAUAAAGAGGCUAGGCUACGGUUUAAUGAACAUCGCUGAUGAUUAUACAAGACAAUAUUUGACUUGAGUUUGAUUAAUCAACCCGUUACUGGUGUAGUGGGUCCCCCACCGACCCUAAGGGGUUGAGUACCUGGUCUCAUGUCUGCAGGACUGAUUUUGUUGUCGUAAACCAGUUAGUCCCAGCAGGUGUUAAACAGCAAAGGUGCAACCAGAUUAAAGUCAUGAGAUUAAGAGUUAAAGCUGGACAUGGUUUUAGUCAGAAACCAGUAGCAAUCACUGGUUUUAUGGCAGUAGAUGAAGUUUACAGCGAAGGCCCGUAGUCCAGUUCACCCAGACUAACAACUUUAUUGUUUUAACUCACAUAAUUGUGAUGUUUAUUUGUAAAAGUUGAGAACUAGAACAGUUGUGGUUGGUCACACUGUCCCUGAGAAUCUGCUCGUGAGUCCCAAUGUCCAUCAAUCAGUGCUUUAAAAGGGAAAACGUUCAUGCUAAUGUACCUCAGUCCCCCGAUGGGCACGGGUCUAAGAGACUGAAUUUGACUGAUAAAUGUUCAAAAACAGUACCUGAAAAGUAACACGAUACUCUAUAGAACAGUCCAGGUAUCUGAGAAAAGCCCAUGUUGCGUACCGGUGUUGUGCCAUAAAUCGACUCGCUGCCAAAAAAUGAUUUGAAUAAUGAUUGAAUAAAUAUAAUAUAAUAUUUAGGUAAAUUUAACCCUUUACGGGUGACCAGGACACUGUAAUCAACUUUUGGCAAGGGAAAUGAUCUUUUUUUGCCAUUUUUGGGGUGUUUAUGAUGAUACAGUAGACAGUAUGAGUACAAUAACAUCAACAGACAAUACAUAAAACCCUUAUUUGGUCAAUUUUAGCCUCCAUGAAAAACUGAGCGAUUCAAUCACGUUUUGGCAAGUAAAAUGCCAUUUUUGUUGUCUAAAAUUAAAUCAUCAAUAAAGAAUUUAAAGAUAUUUUGAGGCGUUUCUUAUAGGUAAACAGGAGGGUAUGGUCACUAUUUGGCAAGUGACAAUCUUAAUUUUAUGUGCUGAAGUGCUUUUGUUACUUUUACAUAGAGCAAAGUAAUGUAUAGAUAGUAACCUACACAGUGUCAUUAAAGCCCAAGCUUGAUCAGUUUAAAUACUAUUUUUCAAGUAAAAAUGUGCCCCAAACUAGUUAACCGUGGCUCCAUGUCAAGUGGACUAAAGAAAGGAAGAGGAAAAAAUCAAAUCACUGGAGAAUUGUUUAUUUCCAUUUAUACAACGUUUGAACUUACAUUCAAUACAGGGCGCCAUUUUACAUUAUUUAUUUUUUAGUAUCAAGGCUGUAACAUAAAGAUAGCCCAUUCUUACCACAAACCAUCUUUCGAUCGCAAAUAUUGCAAAAAGGAUUAAUAUAUCCUCAUUGUGAACGUUUAAGACAAAUAGCAACACUUAAAACUACUUCCGAACUGGAAAAACUAAUAUCUGCGAUAAACAUCUGUUUAAGUACCGGAAGAGGUUAUCUUUGCUUUCUGAAUGUCCAUAUUGCUAGAUAUGCUGAGUUUUAAGGCGAAAUCCUGGGGAAUUUCAUCUAGAAAUGCAAUUACCCUAACCGUGCGCGAUCCCGCGGUGGCUAAUCAUUUUUUGGCAGCGAGUGGAUUUAUGGCACAACACCGGCUCACUCCCACCCACCCGUUUGGGGCAACAGUGUUGAGUUAACCACAGACGUGAUUCUGUGGUGUGAAACUGAAACACUGAUUGUUCAAUUAAACAUCCUGGUUGUCGGCCCUAGCCUCCCGGGUUUAAGUGGAAACGCACAUCACUGUCUGAGCUGUAACUCGUGUCUCAUCCACAUCUUUCCUCUGUGGCGUUCUAGAUGAAUCCACUCCGCUGUCCUUUAUCUAACUCCACUUUCAGCCAGUUUUCUGUAACUGCAGAGGCUUUUAAUCUGUUUUUAAUAAAAUAUGUUGAAUGGC